GGGAAGUCAACAUUUGUAAAUAUACUUAAACAAGUCUGUGAGGAUUGGGAAGUGGUUCCUGAACCUGUUGCCAGAUGGUGCAAUGUUCAAAGUACUCAAGAUGAAUUUGAGGAACUGACAGCAUCUCAGAAAAAUGGUGGAAAUGUUCUUCAGAUGAUGUAUGAGAAACCUGAACGAUGGUCUUUUACCUUCCAAUCAUAUGCCUGUCUUAGUAGAAUACGCGCUCAGCUUGCCGCUCUUAAUGGCAAGCUCAAAGAUGCAGAGAAACCUGUAUUAUUUUUUGAACGAUCUGUGUAUAGUGACAGGUAUAUUUUUGCAUCUAAUUUGUAUGAAUCUGACUGCAUGAAUGAAACAGAGUGGACUAUUUAUCAAGACUGGCAUGACUGGAUGAAUAACCAGUUUGGUCAAAGCCUUGAAUUGGAUGGAAUCAUUUAUCUUCGAGCCACUCCACAAAAAUGCUUAAAUAGAAUAUAUUUACGGGGACGAAAUGAAGAGCAAGGCAUUCCUCUUGAAUAUUUACAGAAGCUUCACUAUAAACAUGAAAGCUGGCUCCUGCAUAGAACAUUGAAAACCAACUUUGAUUAUUUACAAGAGGUGCCUAUUUUAACACUGGAUGUUAACGAAGACUUCAAAGACAAGCAUGAGAGUCUGGUUGAAAAGGUCAAAGAAUUUUUGAGUACUCUGUGAUCUUGCUGAAGACUACAGGCAGCCAAAUGCUUCCAGAGACUUCAGCUUUGUGUAUCUUUGUAGCUGCACAUUCAUACAGGUCUCUUUAGAAAA